CUCUUGGAGAGAGGGAGAGACUUUGGACCCUUUUGCAGCAUAGCCAUAGAGAUAGAAAGGGGUUGCUUUUGCAGAGAUCUUUCUGGCUCUAUCCACCUAUCUAUCCUCACAGAAAAUAGAAGGAUAUAUAUAUAUAUAUAUUCUUUUUCUUGCAAUCAAUUGUUAUCUGUACGUGAACCAUUGUCAAUCAAUAUGGCGUCUCCAAUACCAGAUCAUAUUCCAUAAAAACAAGCACACAAGUGUGUUUAUAAAAUUAGAGAGAGAGUGAGAACAGAGUGGUAGAGAAAUUGUGGGUUUGAGUUUUACUUACAGAGACUUGAAAAAAUGGUUUUUGGAUGGCGAAGAGCAUUUUGUACAGCCAUUUCCCGAGAUGGAGAGUCGAAGCUACCCAAGGAGAAGAAGCAAGAACCUAGCAACAACACCAAUCCCACCCCCAAACUCGGUUCCAAAUUCGGUUUCUUCUCCAAUCCAUCCACGCCUCGAUUGCCCGUUCCAAGCCCUAGCCUCCGGUGCCGGACUGUGACAACAGCGACUGUUCCGACGCAAUCAGUUCCAGAGACCCCUAAGCUCCAAUGCAAGACCAAAAACAGCCCCAGGUUCUUCCAGCGCUCUACUCCAUCUUCUCCUCGAUCACCUUCGACUUUCUCUAUACUCAAAUCGAGCUUGCGUCUCUACAAAAGUAGAUGUGGAAUAUGUUUGCAGAGCGUGAAGACAGGUCAAGGGACCGCCAUUUUCACGGCGGAGUGCUCUCAUAGCUUUCACUUUCCCUGCAUCGUCACGCACAUCAAUAAGCAAGGCUGCCUUGUGUGUCCUGUGUGCGGCUCCAACUGGAAAGAGUUACCUGUAUUGACCACCACCACCAACAACAAUCAGAAACCACAAGUCGAAGAGAAGAAGCAAGAACCAGCAGAGCCAGUAGAUGUUAGAGCGAAGAACGAAAGAAAGCAAUACGCCAGGUCUGAUUUGAAGGUUUACAACGAUGAUGAGCCAUUGAUGUCUCCCAAAUCAGUGUCUCGGUUCAAUCCAAUUCCAGAAGCUGAAGAAAAUGAGGACGAAGACAAUGACAACGAAAACGAACACGGAGUCGAAGAGUUUCAAGGAUUUUGCGUCAACACGAAUGGUAGUCCAAUUCAACAGCCUACUUCGAGUUACAGAAAUGUGGAGGUGAUGUUGUUGCCGGAAGCGGCGGUUGUAUCGGUAGGACGGAGUUACGAGACGUACGCCAUAGUCUUGAAGCUUAAAGCUCCGGCGUUGCCGGCGAAGAAUGAUCGUCGUGUUCCGAUUGAUUUGGUGACGGUGCUUGAUGUUAGCGGGAACAUGACAGCUGAGAAAGUGCAGAUGAUGAAGCGCGCAAUGCGAUUGGUGGUAUCGUCUCUCUCCUCCUCCGAUCGGCUCUCCAUUGUAGCGUUCGCUGCGAGCUCGAAAAGGCUGUUGCCGCUGAGGAGAAUGACGACGAACGGCCGGCUAACGGCCCGUCGCAUCGUGGACGCCAUUGUUUUCAGCCAAGGCACGUCGAGUCCCAGCGACGCGCUGAAGAAGGCCGGGAAGGUUCUCGAAGAUCGCCGGGAGAGAAAUCCAGUCGCAAGCAUCAUGCUCUUAUCGGACGGUCACGAUGGCCAGUCCUCCGCUACCAACUCUGCCAAUCUGAAAUCCCAACCAUCCGUUGUGUCCUCAACUCGCUUUGCUCACGUUGAGAUUCCUGUACACUCGGUCGGAUUCGGCCAAGGCGGCGCGUAUAGUCACGCUCCUUCCGACGACGCCUUCGCGAAAUGCGUGGGCGGUUUGUUAAGCGUCGUGGCUCAAGAUCUCCGGCUUCAGCUAGGGUUCGCGUCCGGUUCAGCUCCGGCGGAGAUCAGGGCGGUCUACUCUUGCUCGGGCCGGCCCACCUCUCUCGGAUCCGGUUCAAUCCGGCUCGGGGAUCUAUACGCUGAGGAAGAGAGAGAGGUUUUGAUUGAAUUGAAGGUUCCAUCAUCUGCUAUAGGGGCCCACCACGUCCUGUCCGUCCGAUGCUGCUACAAAGACCCAUCAACUCAAGAGCUUAUCUAUGGGAAAGAGCAAGCCCUGUUGGUACCAAGGCCCCACGCCGUCCGAUCAUCAACUCCCAGCAUCGAACGACUGAGAAGCCUCUUCUUCACAACGCGUGCCGUAGCUGAAUCCCACCGCUUGAUUCAACGCAACGACGUCACAGGGGCGCACAACAUGCUCUCCUCAGCUCGAGCUCUAUUGAUGCAGUCUAAGUCGGCUUCGGCUGAUGAGUUUAUCCGUGGCUUGGAAGCCGAGUUGUCUGAGGUCCAGUUGCGGCGACAGAAGCAGACUGAGGAGAUCCAACGGCGGAGGAGGACGACGACGAGGACAAAUACGACGGAGCGGGAGGUCGUCCCUGCUGCUGUGGCUGCAUUGGUAGAUGAGAAGGGUGAGCCGCUUACGCCGACAUCGGCUUGGAGAGCUGCGGAGAGGUUGGCUAAAGUGGCUAUAAUGAGGAAGUCGUUGAAUAGAGUGAGCGACUUGCACGGCUUCGAAAAUGCGAGAUUCCGACAGGUCGGCCCUUUCUGCAGAGAAGACAGAGAGAGAGGCCUUGGUCUUAGCCCAUGUAUGUUGGUGGAGGUGACCAAGAUGGAUGAUGGUGAUGAUGCUCUGAUCUUUAAGGUGAAUGUUGAAUUGGGUUUAGUGGCACACUACAAGAAAAUACACAUUUGGCGACUAAAUUUUUAGUCGCCA